CUUGACUCCAGCAGUGGUCGCACAGCUUGAGCCGGCAAGCUUACCUUCACUCAGAGACAUUUCUAUCGGAGGCGAUGCGCCAAGCUCAAACAUCCUUCGCAAUUGGUCUCGUCACGUCACGCUGAAUAACAUGUAUGGCACUACGGAAACGUCUGUUUGGGAUACAAUAAAGACCGGCAUGGAACUAGGCAAUGACCCCAAGGAUAUAGGGAGAGGUAUUCGAGUCAAUUGCUGGAUUGUGGAUCCCGACAACGUGGAAAGGCUACUCCCCAUUGGCGCAAUAGGCGAACUACUCAUACAAACUCCAUAUCUCGGGAAGGGGUAUCUGGACGAUCCAGACCAGACUUCUUCAGCAUUCAUCGAGACUCCGAGGUGGUAUGCCCAAUUCCAAAAUACCGCAGAGUGUCCAAUGUAUAGAACCGGCGAUCUUGCCAAGCUCGAUGCUGAGGGCAACGCCAUCUUUAUUGGCCGCGAGAGCGGCUUCGUCAAAAUCCGUGGCAUGCGAGUGGAGCUGACGGAAAUUGAGAGGGUCCUUGAGUCCGUGAUUGCUCCGCGUAAAGCCGCAGUCGUUCUGGCCGGUGCUGGCGGGAAAGAAGAGAAUCUGGAGAUUAUGGCUUACGUCGAAACUCCUCAAGAUGCCAUCUCGUCGUUGGCGAAUGACAUGCAUGCGGCACUGGAGGGACAAUUGCCUUCGUACAUGAUGCCCUCGGUCUUUAUACCGAUCGAGUCAAUCCCAUUAAGCGAGUCGAAGAAGAAAGAUAAACGGCGAUUGCGUGCAUCUAUCUCCCGGAUGAACAGAACAGAGCUAGUUGCGCACAGACCAGGAGCCUCUUCCACGACACAGUGGGAGAAGAUCGAUCCGAGAAGAGAGUUUGCUGUUAAGCUUAGCAACAUAGUUGCAGAUAUAUUAGAAGCCAGGCAAGAUCCAGUCGCUGAGCGUGUCCGGGAUCAUGACUUUCCAAUUUCAAGUGUUGGGCUUGAUUCCGUUGAAAUGGCGCAACUUACAGGGCUCAUGCGACGAGAUUGGGGAAUGGACAUCAAGGUGGGAAGACUGCAGGUGCCAGGAUUGACAAUCAGACAUCUCGAAGAAUUAUUCCAUGGGGACGCCGAAGCGACCGACGACGGCACGACCGUGGAUCUCCUCGACGAGCUAAACCAUAUUAUACCACAAAUGAAGGCGCCUCCCAACACCAAGAAGACCAUAUUCGUGACAUCAAUUACCGGGUUCCUGGGGAGUCAAGUGUUGCGCUGUCUACUCGCGGAGCAUAGUGUCGGACAUAUCAUAGGUUUAGUCCGGGCAAACGAGAUAUCUGAAGCUGAGAAUAAGAUCCAAUAUCAUGCCGAGAUCGGCGAGUGGUGGACGGGGAGCCUGGACCCGCGUGUUGAGAUCUGGCUUGGAGACUUGAGCAAGGAAAAACUGGGGCUGUCCACAGAACAAUGGAAGUGCCUCACUGGAGAAUCCAGCAAGUCACGGAUUGAUGGUAUUAUCCACAACGGAGCGCGAGUCAAUUGGCUUGACUCUUAUGAGACUCUCCGACCGACGAACGUUGAUAGCACCGUGGAGAUUCUUUCUGCUGUGGCGAUGCGAUCCAGUUCAUGUCCUCUGACCUAUGUCUCAGGCGGAUAUAUUCCCGCAGCAGAUGAAUCGAGAGAAGACAUUGCGAGGAAGCUUGAAAGUGCCAGUGGAUAUGAUCAGACCAAGAUGUUGUCGAGGCUGUUAGUGGAGCAGUACAAUGACAACGUCGACAGGCUCGAGGACCCGUAUCUUCCAACCGCGCAGACGAUUCAGCCAGGCUAUACUGUUGGCACUAGGACCGAAGGCGUCGCGCAUACGGAGGACUUUCUAUGGCGGCUUGCGUUCAGCAUUCUCAGUCUCGGCGCAAUCAGCGAGGAUUUGACCGACGCGCACAUUCCUGUAGCUGGCGUUGAUCAGAUUGCACGAUUGGUAGUAGCGAGCACAAUGGAAAGGACGCCUCGGUCUAAGCGUAACGUCGACUGCUGGGAUGGGAUCACGCUGGGUGAGCUAUGUGCGAAGCUGCAGCAAGAGACAGGGGUUUCGGUGAAGACCAUGCGACACGACGAGUGGAUGCGCGCACUAAGCUCAGAUAUCAAUUCUAGAUCUGACCAUCCAUUUCUCCCUGUGAUGCAGUGGUUUGAAGACAACCAGUGGCAGUUUGCGAGCAACGUGGUGGAUAAUUCGCAUCAGCCAAUCUUUGAGCGGGAGGAGAUUGUGGAGGCCAUUGUCAGAAGCGUGUCAUAUCUGGUCGAGAUAGGAUUCAUGCCUUGCAAAGACCCAAGGAAGAAGUCAGAAGGGAGUGGAAAAAUGCCGAUAUUCAAGCGAAGUAAUUAGAGCAGAAGGAUUGGUGAGGACGAGGGUCGAAGAGGAUGAUUGGGAAUAAUGAUUGCAAAUGAGGCAAAGCCGUAGAUGAAUGGUAAAUGAUGGUGAAGAUGGGCAAGCCCGGCGGCAG